GCAUCGUCCUCGUGGCAGUGCGUAAUCGGCAGCAAAGCUUUUUGCGCGGGUCCUGUUUCUCGUGCCUCGUUUUUCCCUCACUCACAACGAGACGCAAGUCCGUGCGGCAUUCGUUAAUUUGCGCCGUACAGUAGUAGAACACCGUAUCUCUCGGUGUUCCAAUUAGUAUAUUUUUAUUAAAAAUAUAAAAAAAACAGUCGAAUUUGCGUGCCACCAUCAUGGCUGACGAGCUGCCGCCGGAACAAAUUGCCGUACUGCGCAAAGCUUUCGACAGCUUUGAUAGGGAUAAGAAAGGUAGCAUUCCCACCGAGAUGGUAGCCGAUAUCCUUCGGUUAAUGGGUCAGCCGUUUAACAAGAAGAUCUUAGAUGAACUUAUCGAUGAAGUUGACGCCGAUAAAUCCGGACAGCUUGAGUUUGAUGAGUUCGUCACGCUGGCGGCGAAAUUCAUCGUUGAGGAGGACGCGGAAGCUCUGGAAAAGGAACUUCGGGAAGCUUUCAGGCUCUACGACAAGGAAGGUAACGGCUACAUCCCAACGACAUGCUUGCGCGAAAUUCUAAGGGAAUUGGACGAUCAGUUGACGAACGAAGAAUUGGACAUGAUGAUCGAGGAAAUCGAUUCCGAUGGCUCUGGUACAGUCGACUUUGACGAAUUCAUGGAGAUGAUGACUGGAGAAUAAUUACUAAGCAUGAAAGGGGUGAAUUGCUUCCGGAUCCAAAGACACUUGUGCGCAUGCCACGUUACGCCCUGAAGCUAAUCAUUCGCGUGUUUAUGAGGAAUCAAUACACAACAAAUUUAUUCGCACAGAGAUAUUUCCACAUUACGAUCAAUUUCUAGAAGCAAAUUCCUCUGCCACGAAUAUCAAUUCAAUAUAUAUAUUUUCUUUGCUUUUAUACAUCUAUCAUUAUACAUUUAUUUAUAAAGAGACGAGCUUUAUUUUGUUUCAUAUACUUACAUGAUGCCUCGGAGUAUUUUCAUUGACAGUAUAUUUAUUGUUAUUAAUAAAACAAGAUAAAAGUCUCAUGUCUAGAGUUACUUGGUAAUAUUAAACAUUUUUCUUCAAUACAUUAAGACAUAGUAACAUUGUGGGGCUAAUCUUCUUUUCAGCUCUUUGCGUUCAGUUUUCGUAAGAACGUUUACAUUUUUUUAUUCUCUCUCUCUCUCUCUCUCUCUCUCCCUCUAUUUGUCGUUUUUAGAUAUAAAAAUACUUCGGAUUUUAAUAACAACUCUCAACACACAAUUUCCAUGUCCGUAGGCAAAAUAUCACGUAUAAAUAAUUUUAUUAUUAUUA